CUCUUUUGUUUUGUUAGCCGAUGACGAUGAAGUCUUUUCGACGUUGUAAUGUUUGCUGAUAGCGUCAUAAUAUGGUGCAGGAGGUUUCGUGCUGCGGGACAGGCUUCUGGGGGUACAUAAUUGUGUGCUUCUUGUUGGUCAUCUUCGCAGGAUUGAUGUCGGGCCUCACAUUGGGACUCAUGUCCUUGGGCAUUAUGGACCUCGAAGUGCUCAUCAAGUCUGGGAGUCCUACAGACAAGAUUCAUGCAGAAAAGAUACUCCCUGUGGUGAAGAACCAGCACUUGCUGCUCUGCACUCUACUUGUAGGCAACGCAAUGGCAAUGGAGGCACUACCCAUUUUUCUGGACUCCUUGGUUUCAGCGUGGGGUGCGAUUCUCAUUUCCGUGACUUUGAUCUUGAUGUUCGGAGAGAUAAUUCCUCAGGCAGUAUGUUCGCAACAUGGGCUGGCAAUAGGCGCAGCUAUGGCACCUGUAGUCCGGGUGCUUGUAGCUCUUUUCUUCCCAAUCACUUAUCCCAUUAGUAAGCUCUUGGAUAAGAUUCUAGGUCCCGGAGAAACGGCUCUAUUCCGGCGUGCUGAGCUCAAAACUUAUGUUGCAUUUCAUGGAAAUGAGGCUGGUAAAGGUGGAGAGUUGACGCAUGACGAGACAACAAUAAUCGCUGGAGCUCUUGAAAUGUCUGCAAAGACUGCAGUUCAAGCGAUGACACCAAUCAGCUCAGUAUUUUCUUUGGAUGUGAAUGCAAAGCUUGAUCUAGAAAAUAUGAACCUAAUUAUGGCAAGAGGACACAGUCGAAUACCUGUGUACUCUGGAAAACCUAAUCAUAUCAUUGGUCUUGUUCUGGUAAAGAAUCUGCUGGCUAUCAGACCGCAAGACGAGACGUCCGUAAAAAAUUGCACGAUUCGAAAAUUGCCUCGGGUAGGUGAAGAAAUGCCUCUGUAUGACAUCCUGAAUGAAUUCCAGAAGGGUCACAGCCACAUGGCCGUUGUUGUGAAGUACAAGGAAAAGUCGAAGUAUCUGAAAAAUGAAUGCGAAUUGAAACUGGAUCGUAAGAAGGUCAAAACUCCAAGCUCUCCUCAGCAACAGAACUCCAAGGCGCUACCAGCAUACAAAUAUUUGGCACUCGACAUGCCUGAAGGGUACAGAACAAGUAACAGUGGCGAGUUCAAAUAUGGAGAGAAUCAAGGGGGAACAGUUGUAACCGCUGCUCGUGCAAAAUCACUUCAAGGUAUGGAUGAGCUGCAGUAUCAGCGGAGCAAGAAGUGGGAACGAUCACCCGACAAUGUGUUGGACAUCGAAAAGACAGCGGCCAUCCACAGCUUCUCCUCUGAUGAAGAGGUGACUGGUCUCAUCACCAUGGAAGAUGUCAUCGAGGAGCUUCUUCAGGAAGAAAUUCUAGACGAGACGGACGAGUAUAUCGAUGUUCAUGCCAGGAUUAAGGUGAACCUGUUGCCACCAGAGGGAAAAGACGCCCUGUUACAAUGAUCCUAAAUUCCCAAUUGCAACUGAUAUCACAUCCUGAACCGACUUUCAACGAAGCAAAAUCAAGCUUUGUGAGAGGACUACUGUUUUUGAAAACAGUCUGCUGGUAAUGGAUGAGAGUUACUUUUUAGGAAUGUUUGCUGAUUGUUUACCAGAAAAUGCGAGGGACACAUCAGCGAAUUUCAAUCUAUAGAAUCUCUCUAGACGAUGAAAGUGGACAUGACAAUAUACAAAUUUGGUGUGCUGACUAGCAGAAUUAGACAGUGUUGACUCCUUUUGACAUCGAUGAUAUAUAACAAACCUUCUACGCCUUCCAAUACCUUGAGAAUGAGCAGUCUCGGAGCCGUAUACAGCCACCAGGACUGUCUGCUGAGAGUAUUAAAGGGCACUGGUUGAGAAGAUAACGUUUUAGUGUCUACUUUACAAGAUUUUGUGUUUAUGAACUUGACGAGCUCUAUCUCAUAAUCUAGACCCUCUUCAUUAACUCCCCCGAAAA